AUGGGUAAACAACGGCCUCAAAACAACAAAUCUUUACCACAAAAAGGAGGUAAAAAAGACACCAAAGACAUUUUAGGAUUGCUCUCACAAAUAAAAAAGACUAUACGACAUUCGGACGUUCAGUAUCAAAAUAUUUUGACUAUUGGAAAGGGAAAAUAA